GUCAUUGAGCUUUAAAUGGAAACUGGGUGAAGCUUUCGGAUCACCGGCGAAACGAAAGGAUGGCAGUUCGACUAUGCGAGGAAAGUACUUUCAGAUAAAACGGCUUCGGAACAGCUCGAUAAUAACCUAAUAAUACUGGGUAUCUCUUAUGGUGUGUAAAGAAGAUAUAAUCACAGUGGCAGCAUUGAUGAAUCCUAGCCGUUGGGCACCUUGGUGAUGCCUUACUGCAGUGGUGCUGUGGCUACGGUGUCGUCAGGGCCCGUCAGCUACAAGAUGCCAGUUCCAUCUCACAGUCGUUUCACUUCUUCUAUGACUGGGAGCAGCUAUAGAACGACCACCUCCCUCAGCAGCUCCUUAGAUCGACCUUACUAUUCCAGCCUUACACGAACAAUCCCAAGGUCAUACACCUCAGAAUAUAAAUCAAAAUACCCAUCACCAUCCAGAACCACAACUUCGUCAACGUACACCCGCCAGGGCUCCCUGUCUGACGACUCCGGAAUCUCUGUGUCUUCGGGUCGCAAUGCAGUCGGGCGAGAGAGGAGCGAGAGCCGGGAGCCCUCGAGCGGGGGAUACAGUCGAGCCAGGGACAGCACCAAGACGACCUCCACGACUCUGGGCCGGCGGUUCGGCGCCUCGACGUCCACUCUGUCGGGCAUCAGCGUGACUGAGAUGUUCAGCAAGUACUCUCCUUCAAACUAUACACGGUACAGCUCGGAGAGUACGGAAAGCGCCUACUCACGGAGCCAUAGCGCUACCGCAACUGUCACCCGACGUUCAAUAGGCGGUGGUGGUGCUGUGGGAGGCUGCUCCAUGCCAUCGGUCGAUCGUCGCAGCCGUCUUAUCUCUUCCGAGGUAAUUUUACAGUCCAACAACAACAGUAACAGUACCAACAAUAACCACGAGUCGUCCGAGGAGGAUAACGAAGACGGCAAUGGGAACGAGGCAGAGGUUCCACGCCGGUUCAACAGUUCUCCCGCAGCUUUGGCUCAGCAGAAUGAUGGGAGAGUCAGGAGACAUCCUGUCAGGUCCUCUCCCUCGCCUGCCCUUGCUAGGAAAGUGUAUAGCAGCAGCAAGGCAGAGGCGAGACUCACCUCAUCUGAGGAUGAGGACGACGAGGACGAGGAGGCGGAGGAUGACAAUCGGCAGGACGAGGAGGGCGACAUCGCCUCCAGACGCUGUUCGGUCGGCGGGGUCGCAGGAGGUGCCACCUCCUCCCCUUCCUCCAUACCCCACCAGUACGCAACCCGCUCCGAAUCACCAAAGCCAACUAAGUCCGGAAACCAGUCGGCAGAUGCGGACACCAGUACAGUUGCUCUAAAUGCUUCUCCUCGAUUUCUACGUCAUCGUGACAGUUCGGGCAGUUCAGCUGAGAGAGGUGGUCUUACAGGCCUGCGGAAUAUUGGCAACACAUGCUUCAUGAACUCAGUCAUCCAGUGCCUCAGCAACACGAGACCCCUGCUGGAGUACCUGCUAGGUGAUUGCUAUCUCUCAGACAUCAACACCACAGUGUCUAGCAUGAAGGGUGCUUUGAUCAAAGCAUUCUCAACUGUGAUCCAGGAGUUGUGGCGAGCAGACAGCGAGGACAGGGCAGUGAACACAACAGCUCUUAAGUCGCAGAUCCAGCGCUUUGCUCCUCGCUUCAUGGGCUACUGUCAACAAGAUGCUCAGGAGUUUCUGCGCUAUCUCCUUGAAGGCCUUCAUGAAGAUGUGAACAGAGUCACCACAAAGCCAAAGGCCAUCCUCACAGAUGUUGAUGACCAGCUGAGCGACCAGCAGAAAGCUCUGGAGUCAUGGAAACGAUACCUGCGUAUGGACAACAGCAAAGUGGUGGAUAUUUUUGUUGGGCAGCUCAAGUCAACAUUGCGGUGCACCGCUUGUGGGCACUGUUCUGUUACAUUUGACCCAUUCUGGGAUCUCUCUCUGCCUAUACCCGUUCGAACGGGUCAGGUGCGACUGCAGCAGUGCUUUGACCACUUUACUCGUGAAGAAGUACUUGAUGGGGACGAGAAACCGACAUGUUCCAAGUGCCAGAUGCGCCGGAAGUGUACCAAGAGCUUUACGAUUCAGAAGUUUCCCAAAAUUCUGGUUUUACAUCUUAAACGAUUUUCACCUACGGAGCGUUUUCGUGGGAAGCUGAAUGUUACAGUGGAUUUCCCUCUCACUGGGCUGGAUUUGAGUUCUUAUGCUGCCAGUAGAGGGCCAGGCUGUAUGUAUAACCUGUAUGGAGUGGCCAACCACUCAGGCACUACCUAUUCAGGACAUUACACUGCAUACUGUAAGCACCCCUAUACAGGGGAGUGGCAUGAAUACAACGACUCCAGAGUUUCCACCAUUUCAUCGCGAAGCGUGGUGUCAAGUGAAGCUUACGUGCUCUUCUUUGAACUCUCCAAUCAUAAUUCACACUUGUAAAGAGAAAUUUUUGUAUAGCCAUGUGAUUGUGUUGUGAACUAACAGAGUGGAGAAGAGAAUUAAAUUUUUAUGUCUGCACGUCCAUUUUCCAUGAAUCAAACACAUGGCCAUGACUGAAGGUGGGGUUUAUGCAGUAUGAAAGUUAUGUUGCUUGAUUUCUUGUGGGCUGUUACUCUUCUAGUUCACAGUGGCAAUGGUAUGAACAAGUGAGCAUAGUGGGGUGCUGAAACUGCAAAUGCUUAAGCUUAUGGUGUGCUGGGAUGUGACACUGUAUCAUCCGGUUGAUAGGUACCAGUGUUUCACAGGAACCUACUGACUCCAUCUUCAGAUUACAAGUGAGCUGAGCUGGGAAAAAUGAAAUGUGAAUAUAAGGAAGAGAGUGUAAAUUCUGGCCAGAAGCAAACUGGUGGGAACUCUUGACUGUGGCCACAGCCCUUUCAUCCCUAUAUCCCAUGCCAUUUGUCCUCUUGUAGCUCAGUUACACCCUGAGGCGGCAGGCUCUUCUGAACUGUUCUACCUGCCUGCCGGAACACACAGUAUCACAUGCAAGAAAACCAGGAUCUUAAGAUUUGCCACCGUGAAAAUCUCACAAUCAUAAAUUAUUGUUUUUUUUUUAUAGGUGUACAAAGUUUAUUUGUAUGAAGAGUGGCUAAAAGGUGUUUAUAAAUUGUUUGUCGAGUUGUUGUCAAUAUCUGCUGCUGCUUGCAGUAGCAACAGAUUCACCUGAAUCUAAGGCAAUUGCUGAACUUCUGAGGCAUGAAAGUGGAAAUGUUAUUUUACUCUAGUCAUUUUUAUGGAUCACUUUUUUAGUCAAGUAUACAGUGUGAGUGUUGUUUCAGAUAUGGCCUGCUAAGGUAUUUAUUUUGGACAAUAAGUUCUUAAGUAGAAUCUUGCUUAUUUGUGUCUGACAGCUGCACAGCUUGAGUGUUUUUUUUUUAUACUGUGGCCUGUGUCAUCACUUUAGGAGAGAGCUGUACAGCUUUACUUCUUCUUGUGCUAAAACAUGUACCAUUUUGUUCCCUCUGAUAGUUAUCACCUCACCCAGAACAUUGCAGGUGUUGGUAAUAUUUGCAUCUUUCAGCUGUAGCUUCCAGGACCAUUAUACAUGGCUCCUGUUUGUUGCCACAUGAAUCCUCACCUUGAAAACAAAAUGACAGUUGUCUCUAUCCAGUGCUGACCAGUACAGACUGUAUAGCAACAGAUGGCAGGAUGAUAGAUGAAUAAUGAAUUUGAAAGAGUUUGAAAGGGAGUGGUCAUGGCCUAAUCCAGGUACUGUUGUGCCUCUUUUUAUAGAUAUCUUUUAGAGAAAAAAAUACAGUGAAAGUAGAUUAUCCAUAGGCUGGCUGCCACAGCAUAUGCAGCGCUCUUCUCACAUAGACUUGCCAUGGUCGCCGAUAAUUAAUGGCUCACUCUUCUGUUGUAGUUUAAGUUAUAUUAGUUUGCAGAAGAGUCCCUUUAAGUGACGAUCCUCUGCUUCCAGGCAUGUGUCCCGGCAUGCAAACAUGUUUCUAGGCACAGAUUUAAAUCACUUGAUUGCAGAGGCCACAGUCUUUGACCUAAGACACAUUUACCGAAGAUAUCUGUGCAUCGAUAGAAUUUUUUGUAGUGUGUGGCAUGGCAUUAUAUUGCAUGAAAUGCCCAUACUAUUUUUCGUCAUUAAUCAUUUGAUCAAAGAAGGGGGACAAUCAAUCUCACAUAACGUUCAGAAUUUAUUAUUUUGUGAAAAAAACUUAAGCCCAGUUAUCCUCCGUGUGAGCUGCACUGUUUGCCAAUCCACACUGAAGAGCCUAAAGACAUAAUGACUUCUUUAGGCUUGCUUUUAAUUGAGGAACAAUGUCUUCAAGUUUUUCUUCAGUCAGUAUGUGUCUCUUUUCAAAAUUUAUUGUUAUCUAGCACUUAUCACAUAGAAUGUAAUUUUGUGAUGAUAUUGUAAAUUAUUGCUUUACAUGACAUUGCACUGUUAGGCUCCUUCCUACCGAACUUUCUACAGCAUUCCUUCAUAAAGAAUGUUCUGCAGAGAUAUUGUAUAUGAAUAAUUUCUGUCAGCACUAUACUUCAUUUCCAAACACUAUUUCACAACACCAGCAACUCUAGUUGUAAGUAUCUCAAGAGCACUGAAGCAACGAAAACACAGUGCUGUCUACAUAAGGCAGCCAGCAUCAGGUGACUUAAGUAACAAUUCUGCAGCCAGCAGGGGAAUAAAUUUCUAUACAACCAGUCUAAGUAUAGUCUGCCUUCUCUGUACUACUCAAUUCAUAUAACCCCAGAAUUUAUCAGCCCUGGUCAUGGGGGAGGAAAUCCUGGGUUUAGUUUUCAUGCAACAUGUUCGUUAGAAGCUGAUACUGGGUAUGUAUACCUUCUAGGGACAGAGUUCUUCAUGAGAAGCCAAUAAUACUCAUAUAGCUAGUCAAGAAAUGCCCCACUUCUCAUUCAGCCCAGAGUUCCACAAGAGCCCUGCAGAGAGACAUUUCUUAUUUUGGUUAAUAUCUAUAUAUCAUCAUUUCCAGUAUUUCGUCUAUUGAGAUCUAUGGCAGAUAAUACAAAACAGGAUCUUCCAUCAUGUCAUAGGUGUUUCAAGACGUCUUUUGGUCGGUAUUUUAAAAAUUGUUUGGAAUCCUGUCAACAUAUUCUUUCCAGUUUGUUCUCAAUUAUUCUAUAAAUUUUGCUGUCUGUGGAGUUCACAAUUCUGUUGUAAUAUCUAUAUUUUAUGUCCUAGAGGGUGUAUCACAUAAUCCUCAUGAAACACAUCUGCUAGUAUCAAGCUUCCUUAUUCCUUUUUCUUAUUAACUUUGAUUCACUACCAUAAUAUAAUGUUUGUCCAGCAAGAGUCCUCUGAAUGUAUAUUAUAUGCCUAAAAACUAAUAAUGGUUUGAAAAUCUGAUUAAUAAUUUCUAGGAUUUUGACAGAAUUUACAUUUUAUAUACCCUAUUUCAGUUAUUAUACCGAGAUGUUGUAUUAAAUUUGAAAACUAAAUUAUUCUUGUCUUAGAUUUGGGUAAAAAUGGAAUGGUGGAAAUUUCCAUUUGAGGUUUUCUUGGAAGCAGUGGUUUGAACACUAAACUCAGGAGCAUUUUGUUCAGGAUUUUGUAUCAUUGAAACUGAAUGUUAAAUGAGGAACAUCAAAGGGGAGUUCCACUGGAUAAUGAUAUCUAAAAACAGAGCAAGGGAUUUUUACUUACACUGAAACAUUGGGCUUGAGUGGAGAACUCCAGGGGAUGGAGACAAAAGGAAGUGCGAUUUCCCAUUCAGAAUUGAAAAUUGGAAUUAAUUAAAUAUAUAGUAGUGAGUAUGAAAAAGGACAGUAUCAUUUUCUGUUUACAAAUUUGUAUAAUGCUUAGAAAUGCAGUUGUUGAAAUGUACCUGGUACCUAGACCUUCAUGUUCUUUCAUAAAAGUAAUCACAUUUUCUGUAUAGUUGCUGAUCAGCAGUUCCAUAAUGUAACAUGUGAGAGGUUUCUGGAUAUACUGCUAUAUGAGCUGCAAGCAACAAGAGGAAGUUCUAAAGUGACAGCUUUCUGUGAAUUUAAUUAUAUUUAUUCACAGUUUAUUUAACAAAUCUGUCAGUAACUAAAUGCUAUACAGCAGAGUUCUUCAACUUGUGGCACCCCAACCAAGGCAGUGUAAUUGUCAAGGCUCACCUUCAGUUUUUUAAGGAGAGAUUUUUAUCAUCACAAAAUCAUAAAUUUUGAUUAAAAGUUCUAUAGCUAAAAUUCUAAUCGUUGUGUAAGUUUAACAAAUAACGAUCAUGGAUUUUGACGAUUCUUUUAUUCCUCAAAUUUUUCUCACUUAUUUUCGACCUUCCCUUAAACUUCCAUGGUACACCUGCAGACCUUUCACAUCACACCAGUAUUACCACAACACACAAGUUGGAAAUUGAUGCUAUAUAGCAUCGAAUGAUUGGAUGAUAAUGAUAAUAAAUUGGAAAGAACAUGGAAGGAAGUGAUCGUGGCCUAAUUUGGGAUGUGAUCCCAGCAUUUGCUGCAGAAGACUACAACAUCCUGUCAGAAUAGUUGGUAUGCUGAUCAGAUUGGAUCCAGGCGACUCCCGAAUUCAGGACAGAAGUGUUACCACUUGAGCUCAGAUUCUGUUAAGUAUUAAAGAAGAAAACUAAUUUCCUAGUUUAUUUACUCUGUAACUGGCCAAAUGCUGGGUCAGAAAUGAAGUUCUCAACUCCACCUAAGAUAUCAUAAUUAAUCCUACAGCAUAGUAUUGUUGGUUGGGGCUCGAUAUAUCAGUACCACUUUGUCCACACUCAUCUUACUCUUGCUCUGAAGGUAGAGGCAGCAUAUUGCUUCGAGAUGUUAAUAGUGGUCUGCCAGACAUCCCAGUUUAGUAAUUGUCAUUGCAAUUAUGUGUCAUUAUUGGCCAGCUUCUUGUGGAGGACAUCACCAGCGUACUGACCCCUUAUCCCCUUUAAUUGUCUCUUCUUAACAGCUUAUAUACAUCUUUAAACAUUGUGGUCAUCCUAUUUUUGUUUUCAUUCAGGGAAUUAGUUGGUGUUUUGAUACUGUGUGGCACGAGUUCUUGGUUAAUGGCCAUCCAGUGUGAAGCACAGAAGUGAUGGUUUUCUGUGAAAUUAUUUCUUUUCUUGAUAGAAUGAAUACUUGGAAGCAUGUACCCUACUACAAUCAUAUCUGAUGCUCUUACUGGUAACAGAAGUGGUAGUACUGUUGAUUUUAUUUAGCAAGUUGUGUAAAUGAUGACUGAUAGGAAACUGAACUGAUCGUCAUAAAAGAUGGCCCGUCCUGUCACUAUUACAGAAUGAUAUUUACAAAUUGCAUUCAUAUGUAAUACAAGUUACUGAAAAAUGUGACAAAUACUGUAAUAAAAUAUUGUAAACAUAUUUUUCUGGAUCAUAGCUACCAUGUAGCUAUUAAAGUACUGAGAGAAUUAGUGCAUUUGCACCUGAUUGCCUAACACAAUUUAAAUGAGUAGUUAUUGAGAUUGUUUUUAGUUUAAUUUUCUUUCUCUAGAGUGACAAUGUUUGUGAUUCCUGUUUUGCACUAGUCGUUUAAGAGACAUCUAGUUUCAAGUAAUAACAUUUGUUUCACAAUUUGCAUAACACCCUGUGACUUAAGUUGCUGUUGCUUCAGCAGAUGAAAGGACAAGUUUUCAUGCAUUUUUAGUCCCUAAAAUUCUUGUAAAAAUAUUAGAGUAUUAAAUUAAAUAUGCUAAAUAGAA